ACGCUGUCAACAUGUAAGAUGGCGACCCAUCACAGGCAGAACGCAGCUGGGCGGAGAAAAGUGCAGGUCUCGUAUGUGAUCAGGGAUGAAGUGGAGAAGUACAAUCGUAAUGGAGUUAAUGCGCUGCAGCUGGACCCAGCCCUUAACCGGCUCUUCACGGCUGGUCGAGAUUCCAUUAUCAGGAUAUGGAGUGUCAACCAGCACAAGCAGGACCCAUACAUAGCAUCAAUGGAACAUCACACAGACUGGGUCAAUGACAUUGUCCUCUGCUGCAAUGGAAAAACAUUGAUAUCUGCUUCAUCAGACACCACGGUGAAAGUCUGGAAUGCACACAAGGGAUUUUGUAUGUCGACAUUGCGAACACACAAGGAUUAUGUUAAAGCCUUAGCAUAUGCUAAAGACAAAGAGUUGGUGGCCUCAGCGGGUCUGGACAGACAGAUCUUCUUGUGGGAUGUGAACACCCUGACGGCGCUGACUGCCUCCAAUAACACUGUCACUACAUCCUCUCUUAGUGGGAACAAAGAUUCAAUCUACAGUCUGGCUAUGAAUCAGAUGGGCACAGUAAUAGUAUCUGGAUCCACUGAGAAGGUGUUAAGAGUGUGGGACCCACGUACCUGUGCCAAACUUAUGAAGCUGAAAGGACACACAGACAAUGUCAAAUCAUUGCUACUCAACAGAGAUGGUACCCAGUGUCUGUCAGGCAGUUCAGAUGGGACUAUUCGGCUGUGGUCACUCGGCCAGCAGAGGUGCAUAGCCACAUACCGUGUCCACGAUGAAGGUGUCUGGGCUCUACAAGUUAAUGAAGCCUUCACGCAUGUCUAUUCUGGAGGCCGGGACCGCAAAAUUUACUGCACAGACCUGCGCAAUCCAGACAUACGUGUUCUUAUUUGUGAAGAGAAGGCCCCCGUCCUCAAGAUGGAGCUGGACAGGUCAGCGGACCCACCGUCAGCCAUCUGGGUGUCCACCACAAAGUCCACCGUUAACAAAUGGUCUCUAAAGGGCAUCCAUAAUUUCCGAACAUCUGGUGACUAUGACAACGACUGCAGCACUCCUCUGACACCACUGUGCACACAACCAGACCAAGUCAUUAAAGGUGGGGCCAGUAUAAUUCAGUGCCACAUUCUCAAUGACAAGAGACACAUACUCACCAAAGACACUAACAACAAUAUAGCAUACUGGGAUGUGCUCAAGGCUUGUAAAGUAGAAGAUUUGGGCAAGAUGGAGUUUGAUGAGGAAAUCAAGAAACGGUUUAAGAUGGUUUACGUGCCUAACUGGUUCUCAGUGGAUCUUAAAACAGGGAUGCUGACUAUUACUCUGGAUGAGAGUGACUGCUUUGCUGCUUGGGUCUCAGCCAAGGAUGCUGGAUUCACCAGUCCUGAUGGAUCAGACCCAAAGCUGAAUCUUGGUGGUCUUCUGCUACAAGCCUUGCUGGAGUAUUGGCCCAGGACACACAGCAGCCCUAUGGAUGAGGAAACGGAACUGAACCAUGUGAAUGGGGAGCAUGAGAGCAGGAUACAGAAAGGAAAUGGUUAUUUCCAAGUGCCACCCCACACUCCUGUCAUAUUUGGUGAAGCAGGUGGGAGGACACUGUUCAGGUUAUUGUGUCGAGACUCUGGAGGCGAGACUGAGUCUAUGCUACUCAAUGAGACUGUUCCGCAGUGGGUGAUUGACAUCACAGUGGACAAAAACAUGCCCAAAUUCAACAAAAUUCCGUUCUACCUCCAGCCUCACUCUUCAUCUGGUGCCAAGACAUUAAAGAAGGACCGUCUGUCAGCAAGUGACAUGCUCCAGGUGAGGAAGGUGAUGGAACACGUUUAUGAGAAAAUCAUUAAUCUGGACAGCGAGUCCCAGACGGGUGGCUCAGCCGGAGAGAAACCGAGCGAGCAGAAGGAGGAGGAGGACAUGGCUGUACUAGCAGAGGAAAAGAUUGAGCUGCUCUGUCAAGACCAGGUUCUGGACCCCAACAUGGACCUACGAACAGUAAAGCAUUUCAUUUGGAAGAGCGGUGGUGAUCUAACACUUCACUACAGGCAGAAGUCCACGUGAGGAAACGAGUGUAGCCCCUACACACGUCUGUCCACAUUUCCCAUUGUGAACACCAUCAUGGACCUCCAAACUCAUGCAUCUAGUGGUUCAGUGUGUAACGUUUUAUGGAGUCUGACUCACAAAAACACACCUGCACCACAGGUUCCUCUGAACCCACCAGAUCUCCACAGUCCAUAAAUUUCCUCAAAAUAGAGCUCACUGGAUCAGCCAGAUGUGAACUGACUGUGGGAUGGUAACCAGGAAGAGGAGAACUGUCUGUGGAUAAGGGCGUCUGCUGUGAAUGGCCAACUGACAAGAAACAGAAAGGGUGGUGUGAUAAUUUUUUGUUUGUUUGUUUUUGAAGCUUGUGCUUAUUAUUUAAUAUACUGUUUGUUUCAUGUGUAACUAAGAUUUUUAGAUUUUUGACUUUUGUGCACACUGUUUGUCUUGGUACACACUAUGUUGGAGAAAACAUUUUUGUGGUGUGAGUGACAGAUUUCACAUAUAUUUGCCCCCCCACCAUUGUACAUUCCAGAGAUGUUUGUUUCCAGUGACAUCUAAAUCCUUCUUGUAGCAUGUAGGAAGAAAAGAAGGUAAAUCGAAAUGAACGGAUAACAGUCUGGGCCUGGUUUAAAACUGUUAAGUAUUUUGUUGAAUGUAAAGGAGUGCUGCUUUUACUAACUCCCAUGUCUUCGGUUUGGAGGUAUACAGAUGCACUGAGGUUUUGGUGAAGCUUCUUAACUCGCCCCAAAAAGUAAUGCAUCUCUCUCACUAAUGCUGUGCUGUAUUCAUUAAUGCCACCAUUUUGUACAUAGAUUGUAAUUAUUUUGUAGGCGGUUUUACUUGAGUUGUUCCCUUGAUAAUCAGGAUGUUUUUAUUUACUUUUUUAAGCAAUUAUGUUAUCUUCAAAAAGGUGCUUUUUCAUGUGAAAUAUGAUAAAUAUGACAAAAACGGGUCGGAUGGAUUUGGUCCCAGAUUUGUAGUAAUCAGUGACCGUGAAGGUUCAGUUGAGAAUAUGGUUUCACUUAUUAUACAGUUGCUGCUAACAGCCUAGCCACCCACAAGAGGGCAGAAUAUACUGUACAGGGUUUUGGAGACAAACAAAAAGUAAGGAAUCAUCAAUAAGGGAUAUCACUGGAUGGCAAAACUCAGUUCAUUUUUUAUUUAUGCAAAAACGAAUUGUGCUUUGCAGACUGUCAAUCAUAACUGAGGUUUGCACAGUGUUAUAGAAAUGUAUUCUAUAUUUGGUUUUAGUCCAAGAUGAGAAAUAAAAUAAAUAAACAAGCAUA